AUGGGGACAAGGCAGGCCAGUGGGCUAGAGUCAGCGUUGAAGGCCCUGGGCACCAAAGGUCUCUUCCUCUUCUCCUCCUUGGAUGCUGACCAGGACAUGUACAUCAGCCCUGAGGAAUUCAAACCCAUUGCUGAGAAGCUGACAGGGUCAACUCCUGCGACCAGCUACGGGGAAGAGGAGCUGCCCCCAGACCCUAGUGAGGAAAUGCUCACCAUAGAAACCCGAUUCCAGCCUCUGCUCCAGGAGACCAUGACUGGCAGCAAAGACGGGUUCCUGGGGGUCUCUCGCCUGAUCCUGUCCAGCCUCCGGAACUGGACCACUGCAGCCUCGCCAAGGGCAGUGUUCGCCGCCCGCCACUUCUGGCCCUUCCUCCCACCUCGGGGCCACGUGGAGCUGGGCAAGCCCUGGUGGAUCGUCCCCAACGAGCUGAACUUCUUAAGUGGCUACUUGUCCAACAGCCGCUUCUACCCACCAACACCCAAGGGCAAGGAGGUGAUCAUCCACCAACUCCUGAGCAUGUUCCACCCGCGGCCCUUCGUGAAGACUCGCUUCCCACCACAGGGCGCCAUCGCCUGUCUGACCGCCGUCAGUGACUUCUACUACACCGUGAUGUUCAGGAUCCAUGCUGAAUUCCAGCUCAGUGAACCCCCAGACUUUCCUUUCUGGUUCUGUCCUGGCCAGUUCACCGGCCACAUCAUCCUCUCCAAAGAUGCCACCCACAUCCGUGACUUCCGGCUCUUUGUACCCAACAACAGGUCUCUGAAUGUGGACAUGGAGUGGCUGUAUGGGACCAAUGAGAACAACUUUAUGGAAGUGGAUAUUGGCUACAUACCUCAGAUGGAGCUCAAGGCAACAGGCCCUUCCAUGCCCUCUGUGAUCCUGGACGAGAACGGCAACUUGAUUGACAGCCCCCUGCCACCGGAGGAGCCCCUCCAGUUUGUGUUUGAGGACAUCAAGUGGCAGCAAGAGCUGAGCUGGGAGGAGGCUGCUCGGAGCCUGGAGGUGGCCAUGUACCCCUUCAAGAAGAUCACCUACCUACCAUUCACUGAGGCCUUCGACCGAGCCAACGCUGAAAAGAAGCUGGUGCACUCAAUCCUGUUGUGGGGCGCGCUAGAUGACCAGUCCUGCUGAGGUUCAGGGCGGACUCUCCGGGAGACUGUCCUGGAGAGUUCGCCCAUCAUCGCCCUCCUCAACGAGAGCUUUAUCAGCACCUGGUCCCUGCUGAAGGAGCUGGAGGAGCUGCACAACAGCCAAGAGAACUCGUCCCACAAGAAGCUGGCCAGCCUGCACCUGGAGAAGUACAGCUUCCCAGUGGAGAUGAUGAUCUGCCUUCCCAAUGGCACUGUGGUUCAUCACAUCAACGCCAACCACUUCCUGGACAUUACCGCCAAGAAGCCCGAGGAUGGCUUCAGCUUUUCAACUACCUUUGAAGACCCAUCCACAACCACCUACAUGCAGUUCCUGAAGGAGGGACUCCGUCGGGGCCUGCCCCUCCUCCAGCCCUAG